AUGGUCAAUCUCCUCACAACAACCCGAAUCCUCGCCGCCCUAGAACAGGUCCCAGCUUCGCAGCGCGAACAGCUAAACCUACCAGCCACGCUAGCAAAUGGCCCAAUAGCCCACGAACAACUCAUCCGACUAUCGCGAUAUCUCCAAAGCAACCGGGAACCCGAAGAGAAAGACACAGAGGCAACUACCUCCCCAUCAAUCCUCAAUUCCCUUCUGCGCGGCACGAAGGUAUACGUACCACCGCCGCCACCGAAGCCUGAGCCGACGCCCGAAUACGUAGCCAGCAAAGCAGCCCUUCAAGCCCGCGCCGACCAAAUAGCCUACAACAGACUGCUAAACCCAACAGCAGAACAAACACCCGAACACCACGAUCCCUAUCACGCCUCUGACCCCUCCAACCCGAAUAGCGCAGAGUACCAAGAUACACUUACUCCCUCGCUGGUCAUCAAUAUCUUCUUAUCGGUCGUCAUAACCGGGUUCAGUGUCUACUGGGCUCUGACGAAAUUUGCUACGCCGGAUAUUUUGUAUGAGGGGUUUGCGGCUUGGACGGCUGGAUCUGGGAAGAGCGUUGGUGGUGGCGGGGGUGGUGAGAGACAGGGUAUCUCAGAGGCUGUGCGUGUUUUGAUUGCUUUCUUUGCUGCUUUGGCGGUUGCUGUUGCUGAGGCGUUCUUGUAUGCUGCCUAUUCUGGGAAGGUUGAGCGGGCAAGGGUCAAGGAGAGGGGGUUGAGGGAGAGGAAGGUUUUUGUUGGAAGAGUUGGUGAGGGUGAAGGUGAAGAGAGGAAGGGGAAAGGUGCGGAUAGAGAGGGCGUUAGUGUUGACGGUGAUGGAAAAGAGGAGAUUUGGGGGAAGGGUGUUAAUGGAGGUGUUAGGAGGAGGGUUAGGGAGAAGUGGGAGAAAGAGAGGGAGGGGGUUGUUGAGUGA